AGUCCGAGGCUUGUUCUAAGGUUCCUGGACAAGGUAUUUUUAUUAGGCAGGGUUGUUAACCCUGCAAUCAACCCCCAACCUGGAAGACCAGACUACCCCAACCACUUAAGGUCAGGAUACGACUAUUGCAGUGUACUUAUUAAGGUACACUGGGCGAUGGAAGCGCCACUUUCCCUACGCCAUAAAAUUAAAGUACCAUUGAACUUAAUAAAUAUUUGUAAGUUAUAAGUUUGAAGUGUAAAUUAACGAUCAAAAGUUUACUAUAUUAAGUUAUAAUAAUCGAUUGAACAAAACUUAAAGAGACAGAAAAACGUCUUAAAACUACCGAAAAUGGAGUAAAUGACAAAAAAAUUCUUUUGAACAUUGACGGCUGUUUUACUAUAUAAUGAUAUUAUUAAUACCGAUACGGUGAAUCAGUGUGACCAAACAUAUGAGAAAUUCGUGAGAACACUAGGUUUUAUAAUUUCAUGAUUUUAUUUUUUUUGUGAACGCUGGUUUUAAAUAACAAUUAUAACACUUAACAAUAUUAAGAUUUUACUACAGAAAUGUAUAUUCCAACUAUUUACCGUAAAAACUAUACAUAAUACUGUUAUUGCUGUUUUAGAAUCUUACAAUUAUCUAAGUUCAAUACCUUUACGGGUUACAAUCAAGGGUAACCUUUGAUAUUUUAGGAACCGGUUGACUAUGAAUCACUUACAUUAUAUGUGGGGACACAUCAUGUUCUAGUUAAGUACAUUAAUGCAUAAUUACGACCCGAACAGGCGCGUUACGUGGGUGAAGCUCACUGGUCGUCAAAAUUUAAUUAGUUCUUUUGUUCAGAUAUAUACCAGAACGUGUUUCAAAGAGUCAACAAUUACAGGAUACAUUUACAGACGUUUUAAUCUAGGGAUCAGUAUUAGUCAAAAUGAGUUUCCUAAAGAUAAGGGAACUGAUGUGUCUUUGAUAUUGAUGAAUGAUACAUUUAGUGAUAUUGAUGAAUAUCCAUUAGUGAUCUCCAAACCACUAGUGUAUGGUGAAAAAUUGAAUUGUGAAGUUAUUGGUUUUAGUCCACACGGUACUGAAUAUAAAGAGGAUGUUCCUGUAUUUAAAUUAGACAGAUUUGACGACAUUUAUCCGUCAAUUAAAUCAAUAGAAGUGACUUUUAAAAAGGAAUGCAAAAUGGUAAAAGAAGAAAGAUUCGGAAAUAUAUUAUGUUCAGAUAAAAAGGAUGUUAUUUGUUAUAAUGGCGAUGAUGGAGCAGCAUUGCUAUGCAAGUCGAGUCAAGAAAAGGAAGAUAAAGAUGUCAAAAAUGGUACCAUGGUGUUAUAUGGAAUUGCAGUAUCCGAAUAUCAAUUUGAACACCCAGCCGAAACGUGCGUUAAAUUUGAAAGAAAUUCGUCCGAAUUUUUAAUUUUACAUAGAUAUUAUCAUUGGAUUAAAACUUUAAUUGAAGAUACUUUAGAUGAAUCUUAUCCUCCGGACAAUUCUACUAGUAUUUCAAAAAAAAAAUCAAUUAAUAAUACAACUACUUUUAUCACAACAACGACAACGACUGACGAUGCGUUGGUUACUUGGCCAGAAGACGGAUCAACUGAAAUUUUAAGUGAAUAUUAUGACGUGAAAGAAUAUGAUUCCAUGCGAAAAAAACCAUCUAUAAAUUCCAUUACUCAAAGCAUUAAAGAAUACAGGGAAGAUAUGGGUUCGUCUACAAGCGAUUCUACAACUCAAGAGAUAUUAAUCAUAACUAAUGAAUUUAAUGAACUUGAAAACGGUGAAUAUAAACGAUACAAUUAUAUAAUAUAA